AUGGACAAGUCCGAGCUCGAACUCGAGUCGACACCCUCAACAACCGCCGUCGCUCCCCAGUACACCACCCACGCCGACUCCCGCCCCAACAACAACGGCCCCUUCUCUUUCACCCCCAAUGAGCUUAUGGACCUCUAUGAUCCCAAGGCCCCAGAAAAGCUAGACGAAUACGGUGGUGUCGACUCUAUUCUCGCUGGCCUUCACGCCAACCCUACCAAGGGUCUCUCCACCCCACACAACAAACCCCUCGCCUCCGUUGUUACAUCGGACGAGAAGGUCGUCGAGGACCAACCCACAGCUGAUCAGUCCGUCACUUUUGAGGAUCGCGAGCAGCACUUUGGUCGCAAUGUCCUCCCCAAGCGCAAACCCAAGACCAUCUUUCAGUUAAUGUGGAUGGCCCUUCAGGAGAAGAUUCUGAUCCUGCUUUUGAUUGCUGCCGUCAUCUCUGUUGCCCUCGGUAUCUACGAGGACUAUGGUAUGGAACACAAGGCAACUGACCGCUACGACAGAAACUACAACAAAAUCAACAACGGUGACGCCAAGAUCUCUUGGGUCGAAGGUGUCGCUAUUCUCUUCGCCGUCAUGAUCGUCGUCCUCGUCGGCUCUGUCAACGAUUACCAGAAGGAAGCCCAGUUCCGCAAGCUCAACGCCAAGAAGGAAGAUCGCGAGGUCAAGGCCCUCCGCAACGGUGAAACCGUCCUCAUCUCCGUCUACGACAUCGUCGUCGGUGACGUCCUUCACCUCGAGCCUGGUGAUGUCAUCUCCGCCGAUGGUAUCUAUCUCGGAGGACACAACCUCAAGUGUGACGAGUCUGCCAUGACCGGAGAGUCGGAUGCCGUCAAGAAGGUUACCCACGAGGAGUACAAGAGACUUGAGGAGGCCGAGCACGCCUCUGCCCACGAGAACGCACCUCUCCACCUCAACCACGAAGGUAUCGAGGUCAUCAAGGAGCAGUCCCAUGCCCUCCACGGUGUCGAUCCUUUCAUCAUCUCUGGUUCCAAAGUCCUCGAGGGUGUCGGUCUUUACUUCGUUACCGGUGUUGGCGAGAACAGUUUCCACGGCAGGACCAUGAUGUCGCUCCGUACCGAGGCCGAGGAUACCCCUCUUCAGACCAAGCUGAACGGCUUGGCUGAGCAGAUUGCAAAGUUGGGCAGUUUGGCUGCCUUGAUCAUGUUGAUUGUCCUUUUCAUCCGCUUCUUCGUCACCUUCAAGGAUGGUGUCCCCGCAGGCAGCGAUAUCGCCACCAAGCUAGUUGACAUUCUCAUUGCCUGUGUCACCGUCGUCGUCGUCGCCGUCCCUGAGGGUCUUCCCUUGGCCGUCACCUUGGCUCUUGCCUUUGCCACCACCCGCAUGUUGAAGGACAACAACCUGGUCCGUGUCCUCGCUGCUUGCGAGACCAUGGGUAACGCCACCACCAUUUGCUCUGAUAAGACUGGAACCUUGACCCAGAACCGCAUGACUAUUGUUGCUGGAACCUUGGGAUUGAAGACCCGUUUCGUUGCCGACUCUGCCGAGGGCGAUGCCAACAAGCGCGCCAGCAGCGCCAUCAACAAGAACGCUGUUGCUAUCAGCCAGUUGGUUAGCAGCAUCCCUGCUCCCGUCACCCAGCUGAUGCACGAGGCCAUUGCCAUCAACUCCUCUGCCUUCGAGAGCGAGGAUGACAAGGGCAACUUGUCCUUCAUCGGAUCCAAGACCGAGGUUGCUUUGCUCGACUUUUCCAAGAAAAUCGGUGGUGCCGACUACCGCCAGCUUCGCGAUGCUUCCCCCAUUGUUCACCUGUACCCUUUCUCUUCCGAGCGCAAGUCCAUGGCCACCAUUGUCCAGAUGGGCCCCAACAAGUUCCGCCUUCACGCCAAGGGUGCCUCCGAAAUUAUCAUGAAGCGCUGCGACAAGGUUCUCCAGAUCUCUUCCGCUGCUGACCAGGCUUCAUCGUCCGAGAAGGAUGGCGAGGUCACUCAGUUGGAACUCAACGGUGAACUCCAGACCCAGAUCCACAAGACCAUCAUCUCCUAUGCCACCCAAUCCCUCCGUACCAUUGGUAUUGCCUACCGUGAUUUCGAGUCCUGGCCUCCAGCCAACGUCCAGCUCAACGAUGAUGGCGAGGUUCCUUUCUCUGCUGUUGCCGAGGAUGGUCUUACCUUGAUCGGUGUUGUUGGUAUCGAGGAUCCCCUUCGUGAUGGUGUCCCCGAGGCCGUUCUUGCCUGCCAGCGCGCUGGUGUCUUUGUCCGCAUGGUUACCGGUGAUAAUAUCCUCACUGCAAAGUCAAUUGCCACCCAAUGCGGUAUCUACACCCAAGGUGGUAUUAUUAUGGAAGGCCCCAAGUUCCGUGCCCUCAGCGAAGAGGAAAUGGACGCUGUCAUCCCCCGUCUCCAGGUCUUGGCCCGCUCCAGUCCCGAGGACAAGAAGAUUCUCGUCGGUCGUCUCAAGGCCCAGGGUGAGAUCGUUGCUGUUACCGGUGACGGCACCAAUGAUGGUCCCGCUCUCAAGUUGUCUGACGUCGGUUUCUCGAUGGGCAUUGCUGGUACGGAGGUUGCCAAGGAAGCCUCGUCUAUUAUUCUGAUGGACGAUAACUUCUCUAGCAUUGUCAAGGCCAUCCUCUGGGGUCGCGCCGUCAACGAUGCCGUCAAGAAGUUCCUGCAAUUCCAGUUGACUGUCAAUGUCACCGCUGUCAUCCUCACCCUUGUCACCGCCGUCGUCUCUAAGGAUCAACAGCCCGUCAUGUCUGCUGUCCAGCUUCUCUGGGUCAACUUGAUUAUGGAUACCCUUGCCGCUCUUGCCCUUGCCACCGACCCGCCCACCUUGGAUCUCUUGGACCGCCAGCCCGAGGCCCGCACUGCCCCUUUGAUCACGUUCACUAUGUGGAAGAUGAUUCUAGGCCAGUCUGUUUUGCAGCUUGUCAUCGUCUUUGUCCUGGAGUACGCUGGUAUGAGCAUCCUCAACUAUAACCAAGUCCCUGACAAUGUUGCCGCUAUCAUCGACGCCGCCACCACCGAACAAACAAAGAUCGACAUCAAGAAUGCCUACCUUGGAUUCAGGGGACAGGAAGUUUCCACCAUGGUCUUCAACACCUUUGUCUUCCUGCAGAUCUUCAACGAGGUCAACUGCCGUCGCUUGGAUAACCGCCUCAACAUCUUUGCUGGUAUUCUCAAGAACACCUACUUCAUGGUCAUCUUUGUCAUCAUGGUCGUCUUCCAGGUCAUCAUUGUCGAGUUUGGUGGCGCGGCCUUCAAGACCGAGAAGCUCGACGGCCCUCAGUGGGCUAUCUGUGUCAUCCUCGGCCUUCUGUCUCUCCCUGUCGGUGUCAUUAUCCGCUUGAUUCCCGACGAGCUCUUUGGUGGACUCAAGGACUGGGUCAACAACGCCCAUGCCAAAGAUGGUCGCCUCCCAGCCUUUGACGCUUACCCCGGCAAGCAGGAAGUGGGUCGUGCCAACUCAAUCCCUGCCUCCAUCACCUCGAACCGCACUAACUCGAUCUCGAGCGGCAGCAACGUCUACCCCGGCCGCGAGGGUCUUGUCUGGAAUUCUGCUAUCACCAAGGCUCGCUCCGAGCUCUCGGUCUUCAAGUCAAUCCGCGGUGGCCGUCUCUCGACCGACUCUGAGAGAAGCAACAGUGCCAUCCACGCCGCGGCCGUUGUCCCCUCGCUGGUUGCCACUUCGGUCGGCGCUGGCUGGGCCCCCAACCGUGGCCGGUCGACUCCUGGCAACUCUUCGAGCCAGGUCAAUCUUAGCAAUUCGAGUCCACGCAACAGCAUGACUGGAUCUCGCCGUGGAACUGGUCAGAGCAUGGUCCGUCCUGCUACACCCCUUGCAUCCGGUGCUGUAAAUACCUCCACUUCAUCUUAA